UCGCACGUUAGAUUGUAUCACAUCGCGCUUGUUCCUGUGUAUUUGAAAAAUAACUACACUUACCUAUCUUCAUUCUUUUCUAUUUCCUUCUGUUACCCAAGUAUGUAGUGCCUGCCAAUGAAUAUGCGUGAAUUUGGUAGAUUUGGCCCAUUAAUCGGUGCUAUUGAUGAAGGGACAUCCAAUGUAAAAUUUUUGAUAUUUGCUGCUUAUACCUCAGAGGUGUUAACAUACCAUCAAAUAUCCCUUAAAAGAUUUAGCCCUCAAGAAGGAUGGGUCGAACAAGAUGCAUUGGAAAUUCUGGAUGCUGUGUUAGAAUGCAUAGAGGUGACAAUAGAUAAUCUGAGAAAAUUAGACAUAAAUCCUGAGGAUAUUGUGGGAAUAGGUAUAACAAAUCAAAGAGAAACAACUAUAGUGUGGAACUCUUGCACUGGGCAGCCCCUCUAUAGCGCCAUAGUUUGGCUGGACGUAAGGACCUCAAAAAUUGUAGAUGAAUUGCCAAAGAACAAAGGAGCUCAAUGUGUGAAUGCAGUGGUGCAGUGUAGUGGGCUUCCACUGUCCACAUAUUUUUCGUCUGUAAAGCUUAAAUGGCUAUUGCAAAACGUAACCGCUAUCAAAGAGGCUGUGGCAAACGGAACUUGUAUGGCUGGCACUGUAGAUACCUGGUUGAUAUGGAAUCUUACAGGAGGCAGCCUCGGCGGAAUUCAUGUAACCGACGUUACCAAUGCAUCACGAACACAGCUCAUGUGCUUAAGAAGUCUUAAAUGGGAUAAAGGAUUACUACGAUUUUUCGAUGUACCACUAAAAAUUUUACCAAAAAUUAAAAGCUCCUCUGAGAUCUACGGUUACAUUACAACUGGUCCUCUUCUUGGAGUUCCUAUAGCCGGAUGCAUAGCGGAUCAACAAGCAGCUCUUGUUGGUCAAGGUUGCAUGAGAUUUGGACAAGUUAAAUGCACUUUUGGCACAGGUUGCUUCCUUUUAUACAACACAGGAGAUUCUAUAGUUCACUCUGAGAAUGGACUGUUGACGACUGUUGCCUAUAAACUUGGACCAGACGCUCCUCCGGUAUAUGCUUUAGAAGGCUCUGUGGCAAUAGCAGGCGAUACACUUCAGUGGCUAAAAGAAAGUCUUGAACUAAUAAGUGAUGUAAAGGAGACUGAGGAACUAGCAGCGAAUGUAGAAGAUGACGAAGAAGGCAGUGUUUGUUUUGUGCCAGCAUUUAACGGGCUUUAUGCACCACACUGGAGAAAAGACGCUAGAGGCAUAAUAUGCGGAUUGAGCAGCAAUACGCGGCGUCAGCAUGUGGUCCGGGCGGCGCUUGAAGCGGUGUGUCAGCAAACAAGCGCUGUAGCGGCUGCAAUGCAGCGGGACUGCGCGCCGCUACAGCGACUACUGGCCGACGGCGGCAUGGCACAAAACAACGUGCUGAUGCAGAUGCAGGCCGAUGUGCUGGGUAUCCCGCUCAUCCGGCCUCUCAUGAUGGAGAGUACCGCCCUAGGUGCAGCAAUCGUAGCUGGACGAGCGCUUCGUGUUUGGCCAGCAGCUAUCCCGAACCCACCGGCGGAUACUUUUCUACCAGCUAUUACAAAUGAUGAAAGGGAUAUUCGACGAGCAAGAUGGGAAUCUGCCCUGGAACGGUCAAUGGGGUGGACAACCGAUUCUGAUGAUAAAGUAGAACCUCAAUCAGAACAAUCUGACGAUGCCAUUACAGUGUUACCGUCAGGAUUAUUUUUCCUGGGCACAGCGUUGCUAGUGAUCAUAGCUGAUAAGUUAAAAGUAAUAUAACCAAAAAAUAGUCAAUGUUGAGCGGGCUCAAUCGUAGUUAUAAGGUAUCUCCAAAAAUGUUAGGCUUAAUUUAUUUCUUAUAGCUCAGUCGUUUGUUGUCAGUUGUUAAUAAAACUUUAAAAUAA